AUGGUGUUCCUCGGGAUCGGUCGCCCGACGCCCGCGUCCCGCCGCGUCGCGAUCGAGCACGGGACAUCGCGCGGGUUUAACUACCCGCGCGAGCACGUCGGGGCGUCGCGCGCGUGCCCGCCCGCGCCGUCGCCUCCGUCGCCGUCGUCGUCGUCGUCGUCGCCUCCGUCGUCGUCGUCGUCCUCCUCCUCCUCCUCCUCGAGCUCGAGCUCGUCCAGCGGCCGCGUCGACGGCGACGUGUUCCGCAACAUCCCGUACGCCGUGGACGUCAACUUCACGAAGAUCGGCGCGGGGAAGGACGACUUCGCGCGCGCGAAGAAGAUGAUGAACCGGUGGGCGCACUUCCAGCUCGGAUGGUCCGAGGUGGACGAGUCCACCGGGUCCGCGCCCGGGAGCGACGUCUGCGUCUGCGCGCGCGUGUUCGGCGUGUGGAUUCGCAACCCGCUGAAGGUGGUGUACAACGAGACGAGCGAGGGCGAAGCGCGCGGCGGGGGGCGAGGGCGGGGGAGUGGGAAGAACGGGACGGCCGGCGGCGCCGGCGCGGGGAACGGCCGGUGCGUCGAGCGUUUCGCGUUCGCGCACGGAUGCCUCGGGGGGCACCUCCUCGCGGGCGAGGAGUCGUUCGUGCUAGAGCGGAUGGAGGACGACUCCGUGUGGUACGGCGUGAGCACGUUCUCUCGGCCCGCGCACGUGCUGUCGUUCGUGGGGUACCCCGCGGUGCGGGUGCUGCAGUGGAAGUUCGCGCGGGAUUCCAUGAGGGCGAUGCGCGUGCGACUGGAGCGCGCGUGA